UUCUGGAUACUAUACUCCAUACAAUUACGUGGACCAGUAUUUAGCACACAGUGUGUAGUAGGAUAAGGUAGUAGGCUAUUGGAGGAUACUUUAACACUUCCGUCAAACGCUAAAAUCUACGCUUUUGGAGUCUAGUUUUAAAUGUCUUUCCGUGUAGAGUACAAGAUUUCUCCAACGCUUGUGAGUUAAAAGAAUCGGAGGCUAAAUGAUGGACAGUCAUCUUUUCGAGUGGAUUAACUUUAAAAGUGUUUUCUUGUUUACGUGUGUCUUUUUGAUUUUCUAUGAUUACGUGAGAAAUAAAACACCGAAGAACUUUCCUCCUGGCCCAUGGUCUCUGCCGUUUAUUGGCGACAUUCAUCUUAUCGACUUAAAGAAGAUACAUAUUGAGUUACAACGGUUUACAGAAAAAUAUGGACGGAUUCUCAGCAUUCGAAUUUUCGGACUGAGGUUUGUCAUCCUGAAUGGAUAUAAACUAGUUAAAAAGGUGUACGUUGACCAAGGACACGUCUUUGCUGAUCGCCCAAGUUUGCCUUUAUUUGAUGACAUUUCUGGCGGAAAUAAAGGAAUUGUUGCUUCCAGUGGGUAUGCCUGGAAGCAACAGAGGCGAUUUGCUCUGUCUACCCUUCGGAAUUUUGGACUGGGAAAGAAAAGCCUGGAGCCUUCUAUUCAUCUGGAAUGCCGCUUCCUGAAUGAAGCCAUAUCAAAUGAGCAAGGGAAACCAUUUAACCCUCAGUGGCUGAUUAAUAACGCAGUUUCCAAUAUAAUCUGUGUCCUGGUGUUUGGUGAUCGGUUUGAGUACAGCGAUAGUGAGUUCCAAACCCUGCUGAAAGCGAUUAAUGAGGUUGUUUACCUGGAGGGAGGUAUCUGGGCUCAGAUAUACAACAUGUUUCCUUGGGUCAUGCGCAGAGUUCCUGGUCCUCACCAAAAAAUCUUCCUCUUGUGGAAAAAAGUCAUUGACUUUGUCCGUUCCAAAAUAUCAGAGCACAGAGUGAACUAUGACCCCUCAAACCCACGAGACUAUAUUGACUGCUUCCUCACUGAGAUGGAAAAGUGGAAAGGUGAUGAAGCCGCAGGGUUUGAUAUGGAAAACCUGUGCUUUUGCACACUGGACCUUUUUGCUGCUGGGACUGAGACCACUUCCACUACCAUGUACUGGGGACUGUUGUACAUGAUCAAAUACCCUGAGAUUCAGGCCAAAAUCCAGGCAGAGAUUGACAAGGUGGUGGGGUCUUCAUGCCAACCAUCUAUGUUAGACAAAGAGAACCUUCCAUACACCAAUGCUGUUAUUCACGAGAUUCAAAGGAUGGCAAACAUAAUUCCGCUUAACUUGCCCCGGGCUGCCACAGAAGACACUCAGAUAGAAGGGUACUGUAUCCCAAAGGGCACAACAGUGCUUGGCAACCUGACAUCAGUUCUGUUUGAUGAGUCCGAGUGGGAGACACCGCAGACCUUUAAUCCAGGUCACUUCCUGGAUGAUAAUGGAAACUUUAGGAAGAGAGAGGCCUUCAUGCCAUUUUCUGCAGGAAAGAGGGUUUGUCUGGGGGAGCAGCUGGCUCGUAUGGAGCUCUUCCUGUUCUUCACGUCUUUACUUCAGCACUUCACCUUUUCACCACCAGAGGGCGUUGAGCCAAGUCUGGAGUACAGAUUAGGGGCCUCACACAGCCCUCAGCCAUACAAACUCUGUGCUGUCCCACGUUGAGAUAUUGUAUUUGGAUGCAUAUGCCAAGUGACAUGAUUAUACAAAGUAGCUGCAUAUACUGCUGAUAUAUUGUACUUGACUGCAUAUACCAAUAUACUAAGAAAGUACAUCUCUUAUCUAUUUUUUCAUAGAGCUAGGGUGCUGUAACUAAGCAUUUAUAUUAAGGAUUACCUAAAUGUCUUGUGUAAACCUGUAAAUUUUAUAAGUAUUAAAUCCCAUCCAACACCUGGCAUUAUAGGGUUUGUCAGAGCAGGUUAUGAAAGGAAGGGAAAGAUCUAUAAAGUGAGGUCAGAGAGCAUCAGAUGAAGAAACCUGGCAUACUACAUCAUAACCUUGGUAUCCUACAAAUUAACUGCAACUCAGUAAGUCAGGUACAAGCUCAAAGGAAGAUUGCUUGACAAAAAUCAAAAAGCCCAACUGAAAAGAGUACAAGUAAAAAAUCUACGAUAAAAUGAGUCUAAUGAGUCCAAUUUGCUAGUCUAAUGAUGUCAGUUCAAUGUACAGUAGCUUACUUGUGAUAUGUUUUUUUUUAAGACCUCAUAAUUCAAAGAAUAUAGUAUUGAGAGAAAAAUGUAGGUAGGAAAAAAUGUAUGGAAUUAGGAACAUUUUUGUUUACAACAGGGUGCAACAGGUGAUUUUCAAAAACCUUUACUGAAAAAUAAACUUUAUACCCAGAGAACAUUUCUCUUUGACAGCUUAUUUGUUGAAAACUUUAGCUUAAUUUACAAUUAUCUGAUGCUUUUAUCCAAAGCAACUUAAAAUUAUGAUUGAAUACAACUCAAGCAACUGAAUGUUAAGGGCCUUGCCCAGAGGCCCAACAGGGGCCACUUGGCAACCUUCAGAUUACUAGUCAAGUACCUUAACCACUGAGCUACCACUGCCCUUCAUACAUAGCUAAAUAUACAAAAGCAUCACCUGGUCAAUUUGAGAGAUAUCAGUUCUUUCCCUACAAUGAUCCUUUCUAGCACAUUAGCCAUUGCUUGCAAGGUCACCUACGGGAAUCCUACUUUUUAACGUAUUUAUCCCAAAGAAAUUGCCUUCAGUGUAAAAUGUAAACAUUGCCAUUGAUGUGAACAUACAUGACCAUGAAGGAGUUA